AUGAAGAAAAUUUUUGGAUUUGAGAGUUGGAAGGGCAAGUCACCCUUUGAAUCCCUAACCAGCCAACAGAAGACCAACACAGGCCUCACUCCUGAGGCUUGUAAUAGUAUCACCUCUUGGAACCGGUGCCACAUCCGAGAUAAAGAUCUCAGAAAGAUCCACAGAGCUGCCAGCGUAGGCGAUGCGCAGGAAAUGGAGGAGAUUCUUUUGAAAAGUUUAAGGCACUUAAAUGAUAGAGACAAAAUGAACAGGACUGCUCUACAUUUGGCCUGUGCCAAUGGCCAUCCGAAAGUGGUAGCUCUUCUAGCAGACAGUAAAUGCCGGCUUAACCUCUGUGACAAUGAAAACAAGACAGCUCUGAUUAAGGCCGUACAAUGCCAAGAGGAGGGAUGUGCAACUAUUCUGCUGGAACAUGGUGCUGAUCCAAAUAUAAUGGACAUCUAUGGCAACACGGCUCUGCACUAUGCUGUCGCUGGCCAGAAUAUGGACAUGGCAGCAAAGCUGCUUUCAUACAAGGCCAAUAUUGAAGCAAGGAACAAGGAUGAACUCACACCACUUUUACUUGCUAUCACUGAAAACAAACAGCAAAUGGUGGAAUUUUUAGUAAAGAAAAAUGCAAAUGUACAUGCAGUCGAUAAGAUGAAAAGCUAUUGCAAACUAAUUUCUGAGUAUGAAGAACAAAGGAGAUGUGAAGAGUCUUCUCAGAAUAGCAAUCCAGUGAAUGAAAGUUCUGAAGGAGACUCUGUAAGCAGAAUUCUCAGAAAACCUGGCCUUGAUGAUUCGUGGCCUGAAUCAGAUAACGAAGACUUUGGUUUUGCUACCAAGAAUGUCAUGAAACCAAGCUUAGCAAAGUUAAGGACUGCUUUUCUGCAAUCCCAGCAAAACAAAAAAAAAUAUGCCAUCGUGAGACCAGAAACUGGGACCUUCUAUGAGGACAAUAAAGCUCACAAUGUAAAUGAACCCAUAGUUGAAACCCUUCCCAAGCCAUCAACUGCUGUCCAGGGCUGGUCUCAUCCUGAUUUGCCAACACCUGAACCUCUUCUCAAACCUUCACUCGUGUCUUCAGCAAUUGUUAGUAUUACAAAGAAAGAAGCUACAAAGCCAGCAGUUGGAAACAAAGAAAAUAGUAUGGAUAUUAAUGACAGCGCUCCACGAGAACAAACAAGUAAGGACAAUUUGACUUAUGUUGAUGGAGCAUGUAAAAAUAAUAUAAGUGUUAAAAUGUCAGCAUUAGGAUUAAGAGAAGAGGAAGACGUAGAAUCACCUUUGGAUCCUGAGAGUUUUUCUGCAAGUUUACCACAGAAGUAUGUUGAUUACUUCUCUGGAGCUGCAGAUCAAAGAGGAAAAAACAUACUGAAUGAACAAGUAGAAGAUUCUCCUGGAAAAUAUCUUCAGUUGAAGCCUAUCGUUGAAGUGAAAGAUCCUGUUCCUAACAAAGCAGUAGAAAUGAAGGCUACACAAACAUCCAGAUCAGCAGAACUAGACUUAGAAAUGACAUCGGAGGAAAAGCAAGAAAAGCUUGAUGGAAGCCAAUAUAACUACCCACAGCUUGAAGAAGAAAGGAAAAGGCACAAAAGUAGUGACAUGGAAGCAACAGAAAACAUAUAUAAUACUGCUGCUGAAGACAGCGAGGGAUUAAUUCGAUACAGAAAGAGUGGAAAAACUGAUAAUGAGCCAUUUCCUAUUAUGGAAAAUGAUCAAUCUGCUAUAUCAGGGUCUUUGUACCUUAUAAAGAAAGUAAAGAAAAAUGAAAAUGAAAAAAGGACAUCAAAAAAAUUUGUUAUUACACCUGUGUUUGAGAAGGCCAAUUCACUAACUGGUGGUCAACUUCAGGUGAAUGAUAACAGCAGUUUAAGUGAAAUAGAUCAGGGUGAAGGAAAGUCUGCAAAGAAAACAUCUAAUGAAGAAAACAAGGUCAAAGAACAAAUUAAUUCCAUGGAUGAACUCGAUGAUUUAACUCAGUCUUCUGAAAUAGUAGCAAGAUAUUGUGAGUUGCCUUACUUUAGUUAUCAAAAAUCUAUGUUUCUAACUGAACGACUUGACAUGAAUUGUAAAGAUUCUCCUAGUUUAUCAAAUAUCCAGGAUGCAGUUACAUCAUAUGAAAGAUUGAAAGAGCUUAGAAACAAUCACUGUGAACUCCAUUCAGAAAAAAUUAAAAAAAUGAACACUCAGAUAACUGGACUACAAAGGGAUCUAUCAGAAACAAAAGAAAUGAAAUCACAGUUAGAGCAUCAAAAACUGCAAUGGGAACGAGAACUCUGCAAUUUGAGAUUUACCUUACGACAAGAAAAGGAAAAAAGAAAAAAUACUGAGAUGUUCUAUAAAAGAAUUAGGGAACAGUUAAGAACAAAAGAAGAGCAAUAUUGUAAAGAAGUUGAAAUAAAACAACAGCUUGAAAUCUCUCUUAGAACACUAGACUUUGAAUUGAAAACUGUAAGAAACCAUUUCAAUCAGGUUGUAGAAGUGCAAAAUACCACUCAGAAGCAACUUUCUCGAGAACAGAAUGCCAGAAUAGCACAAGAUGCAAUCCUGACCAAUCAUCUUUGCAAACAAAAGGAGAUAGAAAUAGCUCUCAAGAAAAUAAAUUCUAAGGUUUCUGAUACUCAUGAAAAAGAAAAAGAUAUGUUGCAUGAAAACUACAUGUUGCAGGAUGCAAUUGCCAUGCUAAGACUGGAAAUAGACACAGUAAAAAAUCAGAAGCAAGAGAUGGAACAAAAGUGUUUGGGGGACAUUAUACUUGUACAAAAAAAGAACAACCGUCUUCAAAAGACCAUAAAAUUGUAUGAGAAAACACUAACAAAAACAAUAUUUCAAUAUAAUGGACAGCUUAAUGUUCUGACAGCUGAGAAGUCAACACUAAACUCUCAACUUGCGAAAGAGAAACAAAACAAAGAAAGACUGGAAACUGAAGUUGAAUCCUACCGUUCUAAACUGGCUAGUGCUAUACAUGAUUAUGAGCAAAGCCAGAUGUCAAAAAAUGACCUAGAACUUACUUUCCAGAGAGGAAGACAUGAAUGGUUUCAUUUUCGGGACAAAAUGAACUUUGAUAUGUCUCACCUGAAAGAUAAAAAUGAGAUUCUUACUCAACAACUUUCUAAAGCUGAAAGUAAAUUGAAUAGGCUAGAAACUGAGCUCCAUUACACAAGAGAUACUCUCAGAGAAAGGACUUUGGUUUUAGAACAUAUACAAGCAGACGAAAGCCAAACACAGUGUCGAAAGAAGGAAAUAGAAUACAAGUAUCAACAUGAACAAGGUAAAGCGAACGAACGCACUGGAAAGCAGGAAUCCUUAGAGGAGAGAUUAUCUCAGCUACACAACGAAAAUGUGAUGCUUCAACAGCAAGUAGAUGAUGCUCACGGCAAAGCUGACAAUAAAGAAAAGACAGUAAUUAAUUUCCAAGAACAGUUUCAGGAUAUGAUAAAAAUACUUCAGGCCGAAAGUGAAAAAGAAAGUCAUAUGCUAGAAGAAAAAAAUCAGGAGUUAAUCAAUGAAUUGCAUCAUUUGAAAGAAAGAAUGUAUCAGCAUGAAAAUGAUGAAGAAAGAGAGGUAAUUAUCCAGAAAGAUAAAUAUUUUUCAAAAUUUCUGAAAGAAAAUUCCAAAUUCCACUUUAAAGGCGACUACAGGCAUACCUCAGUGAGGUUCCCGGUGUGGUUUCAGACCCAAGCAAUUAAGCAUGAUCACAAUAAAAGUGGUGAUUUUCCAGCAAAACUGGAAACUGCAUCUUCAAAAUGUUUACGUCUAGGUGAAGAAAAUCAGUUUCUCCAUCAGCGGUUAUUAUCCAUGAAAGAAAUACAAAAGAAAUGUGGAAAACUAGAGAAUGAAAACAAGAAGUUGAAACAAGAAUUAGUAAACCUUAAGAGUCACAUAAAAAAGAAUAUGGUAAAAUACAGUGAAGUUGAACAGUAUAAACAAGAGAUUGAAGAAAGAGCAAGACAGGAAAUAGUCGAAAAAUUAAAAGAAGUUAAUCUCUUUUUACAGGCACAAGCAGCAUCUCAAGAAAACUUACAGCAGUUAAGAGAGAAAAAUAAUGCUUCAAUAAGAAGUCAAAUGGAACUCAGAAUUAAAGAUCUGGAAUCUGAACUCUCCAAAGUAAAAACUUCUCAAGAAGAUUCUAAUAAAAUGCAAUUGGAAACAUAUAAGCAACUCUACCUAGAGGAACUGAAAGUUAGAAUGUCAUUGGAAAGUAAACUAAAUGUGAAAAAUGAAAAGCUAGCAGAGAUCAGUUCCGAACUUCUAGAGAAACAGCAGAGCAGAACUUUACUCUGCACUGAUAUUACAAGGCCAGUCCUGGAGCCACCAGGUGUUGGAAGUCUUAAUCAUAGUCUCAUAAGCCAUAGAAAUCUUGCUCCAAGAGUAAACUUGGUGACUUCUGCCUCAACCCCAUGGACUUCAAAUAAUAGCAUGGACGCUUACUUUACCAAGAUGUGGCAGGAGAUGAAUAAAAUGAUAACUAAAGAAUUCAAAGAAGGUAGAAUGACCCUCUUUAGUAGUACCUGUAAUGUAGGCCUUGUGGUGGAAAAUUCCCUCAGCAUCUGUAUGUCUGAUAAAGUCUUUAUUUCUUCUUCAGAUCUAAAGAACUUUGCUAGAUAUAUGAUUCUUGGCUGGUAA